UGAGCAUGUACAUAACCAAUAAUAUUGAAAAGAAUUCAGAUUCUUUUUAUUUUUGUUUUUAAAAUUUCCAAAACAAAGUAUGUAAAUUAUAAAUUUUUUUAAUUAAAAAUUGGAUUGUGUAUACGUUUGUCUGGUGUAUCUAAUGUUUUUUCUUAGAAGAGCUGUGAUUGACAUCGGCCGAAAAUCCGUUGGAUAUGAUUUUCGAUUGUAUUGUAAUGCAUCAAAACAAUUUAAAAAUCAAGGUGGCCGAUCAGAUGGUGCAAAAAGUUCAUUUGAAAAUGAUGAAAACAAAAGUGAAAAUAAGGAAGAAGAUGCAGACAAACAACAAGAGAAACAGUACAAUAACAAUAAUGAAUCAUUCAAUGAAAAAGAUCUAAUGAUACGCGGUCAAUUUCAUGAACUGGCCAUAAAAAACCGCGAAACAUUUUUAAAUAUGGUGCAUAUGUUUGUCGAACGUGAUAAACAUCGUCGGCAUCAUGUGGAAUUCAUUUAUGCUGCACUCAAGCAUAUGGAAGAGUUUGGCGUUCAUCGUGACAUCGAAGUGUACAAAGAGAUUCUGAAUGUUAUGCCAAAGGGAAAAAUGAUAGCAACAAAUAUGUUUCAAGCGGAAUUUAUGCAUUAUCCAAAACAACAGGACUGUGCCACAUUUUUAUUGGAUCAAAUGGAAUACAAUGCCGUGAUGCCUGAUGUGGAAUUGGGAGAUUUAAUUCAAAAUAUUUUUGGACUUAGAAGUCAUCCGUACUAUAAAUACGGGCGUAUGAUGUAUUGGAUGCCAAAAUUUAAGCAUCUUUCACCAUAUCUAUUGCCCGAUCCCGUACCAGAAGAUCCACUUGAAUUGGCCAAAUUGGCGGUGCGACAAAUGUGCACCGUUGAUGUUGAGUCUGUCGUUGAUGUGCUCAAAACAGAACACGUCGAGAGCAGUUUGGAUAAGACAUGGAUUGUGAGCGGUCAAAGUCCGGAACAGAAAAAUCUAUUGGCAAAACAUUCAAUUGAAUCACCGCUAAAAGUAAAGGGUCCGUUUGCAAUUUGGCUUCGAAAUCGAUCGAUAAAGUACUUUACAUUAGUUGGAGACGCUGAACCCGAUGACAAAUUUGCACCCGAAGAAGAUGAAGAUGAUGUUAGCAAUAUGCCGUUACCGAAUUUUUUGAAAUUCAUGUCACCGAAAGAGACACAAGUUGAAGUACGAAAACCAAAUCGUUCAAUUCACCAACAAGACGACGGUACAAUUUAUGGAAUUUGUGCAACAGGAACAUCAACCAAAGACUCACUUUUAUCGUGGAUUCGACUGUUAGAAGUGAAUGGAAAUCCAAGUUUAGCGCACAUCCCAGUCUUAUUUACAUUUAGCACACCAGUUGAUGAUAGAGCAUUAGUUGUAUCAAAUAAUCAUGAAAAUGUUAACGCCAAGAAAUGAUUCGAAUGAUUCGUUUGUUUAUAGAAUGGAAAAAAUUGUCACAUUUUAAUAAAACAUUUAUUCAAAAUCACA